GCCCGUGACACGAGGUCCAAGGAUAUAAAAAGCCUAAGGUCGGCGAGCAAUCGGAAGAAAAACCGCGGGAGGGUUAAGGUCAGAAAGUAUACCACCUGUCCGGUGAUUUCGCGUGGUGACAGUGCCUUUCCGAGAUUUUUCACCGACCGCAAACCGUGUGAACCUAUCGAAAUCAUGAGGAUACCAGUGUUCGUCUUGCUUAUGGGUAUUGCCCUCUACGCUCAGGGUGAAGCGAUCGAAAACAAGGAAGAGGAGGGUAGUUUUUUGAACUGCGUGCUGGAGGAUAAUACGAUAGGAUGUAUGAGGGCGAGACUGGCCAGAGACAUCGAUCAGAUCGAGGUACAAGUGACCGGAAAGAAGAGCGAGGUGCCAAUGAGUGCUGUGAUCGAGCAAGCUGGUAAUUUCGUGGCGGAAGUCAUCGACGAUAUCCAGAACCCAGAAGACGCGGAAGAAGUUGAAGAAGAUGUGGAGAAUGAUGGUGAACAAGAGGAAGGACGUGGGAAAAAAAUGAGAAAGAAGAAGAAGCACUUGCAAAAAUUGUUGGGUUUAGCCAUGCUGUUCAAGGCAAAGCUGAGCCUGCUGCUUCAGUUGAUCUCCACACACUUCCAAGUGAAAGUCUUCGCCAUCGGCAUCAUCAGCUUGGUCAUCAACGCCGUCAAGUUUUGGUUGGACCUGAAAAAGUUACAUCCACCUAAGGUCAUUUAUUACGAACACGCUCAACACCAGCAUCAUUACGAUCACGACGAUCAAGAGCACAGUUACUGGGGACGAUCAACGAACGACUCUCCUCAAGAUCUCGCUUAUUCUGCCUAUACCAAGCAAAACUGAUCCAGGAUCGAGCUAACGGAUGAUCCCUCGUGUCGAUCAUGACAAAAUCGUAGCAAAGUAGAAGAAUCUAGCUGCGAUUAAUUUCUUCAUGCUCAGGUCUCUAGUUAAUCGCCGAUCUUCUGUAAUUUAUAUAUUUAUGUUAAAUUA